GUGUGGCCAAGUAAAUGAGCCGGAGGUUGAGGUGGACCGCAGGCCACCACGUCUGCGAUUGUUCCACGACAUUUUCUUACCAACUCUCCUAACUGUUUGUUCAUAUCAGAUCAUGUCAUUGAGCAAGAUGUUCAUGUUGCCCAGUUCUUUUGUGUUGCGAUGAAAUUCGAGGUUGUUGGGAUCAUGAUGCACUUGCCGUUCUUGUUGAGAUCACGAAAUGUGAGAUGGCUCUAUUCGACUUAAAGACACCAAUGUCUGUACAUGGAGAUUUUAAGUUCCGCUUCCGACUUUGGAUGACCAUUUUUAUAAGGAUGUUGGAACAAUAAAUGCAAACUAUCACUAUGAACCACAUGCCCGCCGUGAAGUCCGCUGCGCGUUUUCACUAUCCCGGAUUUGGCUAGUUUGUUGCAUUGGCAGCGUCAGCGAACUAGAUCGUACGGCUCAUCGGUCUACACAUAUUAAAGAUUUUUGAAGACCGAGCGAGUUCUAGGAGAACUAAAAGCCAAGGUGAACAAAACGAAGUAGACGUUCCUUCCGGUUGCGUACUUAUUUGUUCCUUUUUUCAAAUUUAUUUCGUGUUGAGAUCCCAUCCGCAUACCUUUGUUGAAACAUGGCCGCUAUUACCCCGGUACCCGCACAAGUACAAGACGAUCCCACGGAAACGAGGCGUCUCACGCCCGAGGAGGUGGAUCGCAUUGUUGCACGCGAACUGCAGAAGCUCGACCGCGAGUACAGUCACGUUGUGUCGUUGGAAAACAGUAGUUGCAGCCCGAACAGAACAGUUGCAAAUGUGAACAGCGAAGACGAGGACCACCACCUCCAGCAGGAUGAUAAUUUCAUAGACCCUGCCGACGCAGGCUAUGCGGUCUUGUCACCCGGAGUAGAUGGAGAUUUUGAUGCUGAUGGUGCUCCUGAUGACGGUCUUGAAAAUAAUUACGACGACGAGAUGAACAACAGCUACAGCACCACGCCAAUUGACACUCUUGCAGCGAACCUCAACAACAUGCAGCUCUUCAACAACAAUAUUACCCAGGACCACGCGACAUUGGUCGGAGCAGGGACAAGUACGGCGACACCAAAUUCCACUCCAAAUCUCAGCCCCAGUGACGACGCCAGCGCGGAGCAGCUCUCACCGGGGGAGGACGGCUUGCUGCAAAUACAUGUGUCGGGCGGUGAGCAAGGCCAAUUGGUACAAGGGGAAGAUUACAGUUCUGGAGAGGAAAAUGAAUCGCCGUUGGGAGUAGAAGCUGCGCAGGACCUCCGAGCACGCGCAGCGUUUGUAACGACACCUUUCAGCGGUAUCUUCACGGACAGUCUGGAUAAUGAAGUUGCAGCGGCCGAGAACUACAACGCCAAUGCGACGUGUAGGAAACAACCUACUUAUGGUGCGACGAAUGCGGAUCAAGAUUUCAUCCUCGAUGAGACGGCAGAGAUAAAUGACUGGGGCGGGUUCCAGGCAGCAGAUGCAAAUGUGGAUGGAAAAGAUGCGGCCGGAGGCGUCAACAGCUUUUCGUCUCGAGCUGCGAAAGCUGAGGAUGAACUACAGAAACCUGCUACAAGAACAGACGUAGCAUGCGCCCAGUCGCAGUUGCCCGCUCCAACCGAGAAGGAUGCUUCUUCUGACAACCACCCAUUGGAAAAGCCCGACCAAGAGACCCGCGACAACCAGUUCAUUCGCGACACAAUGGCACAAAUCCGCCCACAGCAGCCCUCGCGGUUCCUGCAAAACCUCAGUGACGCGGAGAUUCUGCGGAUGGUUAGAGGGUUUGAUCCGUAAUCGGAGUGGGUGCACGCUCCUGCUCCAAACACACUUUUCUUUAGUCAGAGGCUGACACACUCCUGAUAGCGACCGCGACAAAGUUUUUAAAACGCAAUUCAUAGUAGCGCCACGUAGUAAGAGUUGACACUUAUGCUGCCAGUUCAAAGCAGAAGAGGAAGAGAACCGGCGCACGGAAAAAUACUUCCAUAAACUACAAGGAUACCAAUCGUAAGUAUCGG